AUGUGCACUGUUGGAGAAAUAAAAAUGACAUCCCAUUAUAUGAUCGCCAUGUUUACCCUGAUGAGCUCCUGUUUAGUCACUGCAGGUCCAGAGCCUGGUACCCAGUGUGAGCUGUCUCCUGUUAAUGCCUCCCAUCCCGUCCAGGCCUUGAUGGAGAGCUUCACGGUCCUGUCAGGCUGUGCCAGCAGAGGCACGACUGGGCUGCCACAGGAAGUGCAUGUGUUGAACCUGCGCCCCACAGACCAGGGCCCAGGCCAGCCGCAGAGAGAGGUCACUCUGCACCUGAAUCCUAUCUCCUCAGUGCACAUUCACCACAAGCCUAUUGUGUUUCUGCUCAACUCCCCACAACCCCUGGUGUGGCAUUUGAAGACAGAGAGACUUGCCACUGGGAUUUCCAGACUUUUCUUGGUGUCUGAGGGCUCCGUGGUCCAGUUUUCACCAGGAAACUUCUCCUUGACAGCAGAAACAGAAGCAAGGAACUUCCCCCAUGGAAACGAGGAGCUGUUAAAUUGGGCCCGAAAGGAGUACGGAGCAGUGACUUCAUUCACCGAACUCAAGAUAGCAAGAAAUAUUUAUAUUAAAGUGGGGGAAGACCAAGUGUUCCCUCCCACAUGCAACAUAGGGAAGAAUUUUCUUUCACUCAAUUACCUUGCUGAGUACCUUCAGCCCAAAGCUGCAGAAGGUUGUGUGAUGUCCAACCAGCCCCAGGAUAAAGAAGUGCACAUCAUUGAGUUAAUCACCCCCAACUCUAACCCUUACAGUGCUUUCCAGGUGGAUAUAAUAAUUGACAUAAGACCUUCUCGAGAGGAUCCUGAGGUGGUCAAAAAUCUCAUCUUGAUCUUGAAGUGCAAAAAGUCUGUCAACUGGGUGAUCAAAUCUUUUGAUGUUAAGGGAAACCUGAAAGUGAUUGCUCCCAAUAGUAUUGGCUUUGGUAAAGAAGGUGAAAGAUCUAUGACAAUGACCAAAUCAAUAAGAGAUGACAUUCCUUCCACCCAAGAGAACCUGUUGAAGUGGGCAUUGGACAAUGGCUAUAGUCCAGUAACAUCAUACACACUGGCUCCUGUGGCUAAUAGAUUUCAUCUUAGGCUUGAAAACAAUGAGGAGAUGAGAGAUGAGGAAGUCCAUACCAUUCCUCCUGAGCUACGGAUUCUCCUGGACCCUGGCUCCUUGCCUGCCCCAGAUAAACCACCCUUCCGGGGUGGGGGAGGCCGAAAUGGAGGUCUCCCCUUUCCUUUCCCUGAUAUCUCCAGGAGAGGCCGGAAGGAAGAGGGAGAAGAUAGAAUCCCCCAUCCAAGGGACUCUGUCAUCCCCAACAUACAACUGUUUCCUGGUCCCAGAGAGCCAGAAGAGGUGCAGGGGAGCAUGGGUGUUGCCCUGUCAGUCAGAUGUGACAAUGAAAAGAUGACCGUGGCUGUAGAAAAAGAUUCUUUCCAGGCCAAUGGCUACUCAGGGAUGGAGCUCACCCUUCGGGAUUCUUCCUGCAAGGCCAAGAUGAAUGAUACCCACUUCAUUUUGGAGUCUCCGCUGAAUGGCUGUGGUACUUCGCACCGGCGAUCAGCCCCUGAUGGUGUGGUUUACUUUAACUCUGUUGUGAUACAGGUUCCAUCCCCUGGGGAUAGUAGUGGUUGGCCAGAUGGCUAUGAAGAUUUGGAAUCAGGUGAUAAUGGAUUUCCUGGUGAUAUGGAUGAAGGAGAUGCUUCUCUGUUGAGCCGACCUGAAAUCUCAGUAUGUUUUAAUUGCAGCCUGCGGCAGCUGGGGAAUCCCAGUAGUUUUCAGGACCAGCCCAAUGGAAACAUCACUUUCAACAUGGAGCUAUACAACACUGACCUGUUUCUGGUGCCUUCCCAGGGGGUCUUCUCUGUGGCAGAGAAUGGGCACAUUUUUGUUGAGGUAUCGGUCACUAAGGCUGACCACGAACUGGGAUUUGCCAUCCAAACAUGCUUUAUCUCUCCAUAUUCGAACCCUGACAGGAUGUCUGAUUAUACCAUCAUUGAGAACAUAUGUCCUAAAGAUGAGUCUGUGAAAUUCUACAGCCCCAAGAGAGUGCACUUUCCUAUCCCACAAGCCGAGAUGGAUAAGAAGCGAUUCAGUUUUGUCUUUAAGCCCAUGUUCAAUACCUCACUGCUCUUCCUACAGUGUGAACUGACGUUAUGUACCAAGAAAGAGAAGGACCCCCAGAAGUUGCCUAAGUGCGUACCUCCUGAUGAAGCCUGCACCUCCCUGGAUGCCUCCAUGAUUUGGGCCAUGAUGCAGAAUAAGAAGACAUUCACCAAGCCCCUGGCAGUGGUCCACCAAGCAGAACCUAAAGAAAAAGUUCCAAGCAUUAAGGAACAAAAUCCAGUUCCUCCACAAAUUUUCCAUGGUCUGGACACCCUAACCGUGAUGGGCAUUGCAUUUGCAGCAUUUGUGAUCGGAGCACUCCUGACGGGGGCCUUGUGGUACAUCUAUUCCCACACAGGGGAGACAGCAGGAAGACAGCAAGUCCCCACCUCCCCACCAGCCUCUGAAAACAGCAGUGCAGCCCACAGCAUCGGUAGCACUCAGAGCACACCCUGCUCCAGCAGCAGCACAGCCUAGCCAGACCCAGCUGGGCCCGCGACAGCUGAUGGUGUGCAUCCAGACUCAGAAGGCUUGAAUUUGGUUCCAUUGUAAAGGGAGAGUGAAUUUCAGUGUAAAGAUCACCUGUUGUAUUCACCCCUCACCAUGGCCAAUGUAAGCGUGACCCCUGGACUUCUGUAACACACUAGAAUUCAUGUGCAAAAGCUAAGAUGGUGGCCUUCUCCACCAGCCCCUCACAGGCUGCGGGGUUUUCAAUGUGAAACACAUGCCAGUUUUUUAAAUGCUGCUUUGUCCAGGUGAGAACAUCCAUAAUUUGGAACCCUGAGUUUUUACCCAGACUCAAGGAGAUGGUAAAAGGAUAACAGCUAGACAGCAGAUUCAAUGAGGAGA